AUGAACGAGCAAAAAAGCUGUAAUAAAAGGUCUAUAGGCGUGCAAACAACAGGUUUUUUCACUGACCAAAAAAGUUUUACUUAUUUAAUCCAAGGCUUAAUCUCUAGGGGCAUAUCUCAUUUUCAUAUGAGCGAGAAGCUAGCUUUUGUCAGUGGUAAAACAGAAGGUAUUUGUCGAAUUAGUAGUGCAGACCCAAAAUUAUCAUGUGUUUCACUAUAUCUUGAAUAUGAACUCGGAAAAGCCUAUGUUCAAACACCCCCUCCAUCAAUAACUGGAUAUCCUUUAUUUCUCAAGAGUCCAUUCAGUGAAUAUAAAAUUAUUACGGGACUUGAUGAAAGCAAGACAAAAUUUGUUGAUAAUGAUAACUUUGCUAUUGAAUUUGUUGAAAUAUCAGAUACUAAUGAGCAAGAACAUGAACCAAGUCAUCUUUUUGAACUCACAGAGCUUGUAAAGUCUAACCUUAACAUUACAGACCUUUCCAAUGAGGCAGUAGCUAGGCCAACAUCGGCUUCUCAUUCGACCAAAACUGUAAUGACGCAGACAAAACCAUAUGUCGAGGACACUAAAGCUCUAACAUAUAUUGCAAAGGGUAUAAUGUUUCAAAACAUAUGUAGUUUCAAUUGGGAUGAAAAGGAUGUGUUUAAACAGGGAAACAAGAAGGGUAUUAUACAGUUUGUAAGUGCCGAUCAGAACUUAAGUGACAUGACAUUAACAUGCAAUUACAAGUUGUCAAAGCGUUUAUACAGUUUUAUGGAUGAUUUGGGGUAUCCUAUAUUUAUAGACUGUUCACAUGGACGUGUUAAGACUGUGCUUACACAGGAUAAAAAGAAGAUUCUGGAUAAUUGGGAUUAUAAAUUGACAUUUCUUUCGUAA